AUGGCGACGAGCUGUAUCCCAAUAGCCUGUGCCAACGACGCCUGUCGAGAUUCGUGGAUCUUCCGCCCGACCAGGCUUUCUAUCCAUAUUCCAUAUUCCAUAUGGAAGGUUUUUCCCAUCUCGGAGCCAACUGAAAGCCUGACGCUCACUCUGGUAUCUAGCUUUACCACAACUGUCAAUCCAGAUGGCGCGUUCUUCCAAGAUUACAACGGCAAGUUUGGCUGGUACGACGAAGCUCUCAGCAAACCAACGCAGACCCACCGUCAGAAAUGGGAGCAGGACAUGACAGCAGUGCUUGAGCUCAUGCCAGAUCUUAGCUUUCUGGUCUCCCGGCUGGGCCGUCUGUCCGUGGCGGAUGAGUUAACCCGCGGAUUGGCGUAUAUGAUGGACGAUUAUCGCAAAACUACACCACUCUGGCUUGCUUUUGCCGUCCAAGUCUACCUCGACAUUCUGCACACAUUCGGGCAAACCUGCGAUGGACUCGGCACGAUGCAAGCCGAAAGUCGUAGGAUAAAGCAAUUGAUGCUGGAUGUGCCGGCCUCGUCGCGCUGCGAAGUCCUUCGAGCCGCCGGUCUCUGGGACGACGACCCGAUAUGGGCCGCGCAGAAGCUCGCUGUCGAGGCCGGGAUACUCCCCAGCGUCCGAUCUCCGCCGUUCAAGUUUCUGCGACGCAAUCCCAUGUACUGCAGGCUUUUGAUACAAAAUAUGCGAGCCACGGUGCAGAACGUGGGCUUGCCAUAUGCCGCGAUGCUAGGCGCCCUCGUCGGCGUGGUACAGCUGUACCAUGCGCUUCACCAUGAGGGCCUUCUAGCGAAGGAUUGUGUCUGGGAAGAUCUGCUGGCGCUUUGGACGUUGCAGGGUAAUGCGUCCUUCUUCGUCGGCGACUUACCCACGACCAAAGAGGCGUACUUUACGAACUACUGCCUGAGCAUUGGUAUCGCACAGAGCACUGCCCCGAUAAGAGAGCUUAUCUUAUCUAUACCAGCGAUAACCUAA